CACAGAAGCUGGCUCCAAACGCGCGUCCCGAAACCGGAGUAAAAUACUGCUUUUAUCUACUUUUAUUGGAUGUUAAGUGAAGCUCAAUGCCUCUGUGGACUCGGUUGGUCAGCUCAUCCUGAUAUUUCUGAGAAAUGCCCGUUUAUACACGGAUCCACAGAUAAACUCCAGCGGACUGAAGCUCUCACCGUCUCACCAUGACCUUCUUCAGCUCUUUAUUUGCCAUCCUCUUCAUCAGCAGGUUUCUGGAGAACUCUCUGCUCAGCGCUGAGGUGAAAGAGGGAGAGAUUCUUCCUCCGACCAUCCAGAAGCUGAUGAAAGGAUACAACAAAUACCUGCGGCCUUUCUUUGACAAUGGUCCUGUCACGGUCGGCAUGAGUUUAGACAUUGCCAGCAUUGAUACCAUUUCAGAGAUCAACAUGGACUACACAGCCACCAUCUUCCUCCGGCAGCGCUGGACAGACGAGCGGCUGGUGUUUGAAGGCAAUAAAAGCUUAAGUCUGGACGGGCGACUGGUGGAGCUGCUGUGGGUCCCAGACACCUUUAUAGUGGACUCCAAGAAGUCCUUCCUCCACGACAUCACAGUGGAGAACCGGCUGAUCCGGAUCUUUCCCAACGGAACCGUUCUCUAUGCGCUCCGGAUCACCACGACUGUGGCCUGUAACAUGGAUCUGACCAAAUAUCCCAUGGACAAACAGACAUGCACCUUACAACUGGAGAGCUGGGGUUAUAACGUCAAUGACGUGAUGUUUUACUGGGCACGUGGGAACGACUCUGUGAGCGGUUUGGACACGCUGAGACUGGCUCAGUACACCAUAGAGGAUCAUUACACCUCAGAAUCUGAGGCCGUAUAUGAGACGGGAAAUUAUCCCAAGCUGAUCUUUCAUUUUGAGCUGAAGAGGAGCAUCUUGUACUUCAUCCUGGAGACGUACGUGCCAUCCAGCCUGCUGGUGGUGCUGUCCUGGGUCUCUUUCUGGAUCAGCCAGUCAUCCGUCCCCGCUCGCAUAUGCAUAGGUGUGACGACUGUCCUGACGAUGACCACACUGAUGAUGGGUGCGCGGACAUCUCUGCCUAAUGCCAACUGCUUCAUCAAGGCCAUCGACGUGUACCUGGGCAUCUGCUUCAGUUUCAUCUUUGGAGCGCUAAUAGAGUAUGCUGUGGCCCACUUCUGCACGCUAAACCACCCCGACUGCAACAACUUGCUAAUGUACGGUCAUCACAUGCAUGAGUGCGAGGAGGAGAUGAACGGCAUUGUCACCACCAUCGCCAGCAAUUCUUCACGGCUAAAGCGGCGCAAAGACUCUCCGGCUCUGGCACCCACGCAUGCCGCUGACGGAGAGCCUGGCCUCGCGCCCUCCAGCCCAACCACCAGUGAACCCAAGACUGCCGAGGCCCCAGCAGAGCUCUUUAGCCGCUGUGCCAAAAACAUCUCCGCCCUGAGGAAGAUCCUGAGAUCCAUUAACUGCUGUCAUGUGGAAAACCCACAUUAUAUAGACAACUACUCACGGUUAACCUUCCCGCUGUCGUUCAUCAUCGUUAAUCUGCUCUACUGGACCUACUACCUGUACUUUUAACCAGCGCAUCAUGUUGAAUAAUUUCUGUGUGUUAGCAAGUACGAUAGUGUGUGUGCGUGUGUCUGAAAGACCAGUAGUGACACAGCAGAGAAGGAGAAUGAUUAAGGUUGCACCGAUAUUAAAUUUCUCAGCCAAUACCAUUCGCCAAUUAUGGAGAGUGAUGUUUGCCAAUACCGAUAGCUGAUUAUUCAGAAUGAUAUCUGCCGAUACCAAUAGUUAUUAUUCAGAAUAAUAUCUGCCUAUACCAAUUGCUUAUUACUCAGAAUGAUAUAUGCUCAUACAAUUAUUCAGAAUAUCUGCCGAUACCAAUAGUGAUUAUUCAGAAUGAUACCUGUCGAUAUCGAUAGGCGAUUAUUCAGAAUGAUAUCUGCUGGUACCGAUAGCAGAUUAUUUAGAAUGAUAUCUGACGCUACCGAUAGCAGAUUAUUCACAAUGAUAUCUACCGAUACGAUUAUUCAGAAUAAUGUCUGCUGAUACAGAUACCGAUACCACUAACCGAUUAUUCAGAAUGAUGCCUGCCGAUACAGAUACUGGCAGCCAAUUAUUCAGAAUGAUAUCUGCUGAUACCUAUACAAAUACCGAUAACGAUUAUUCAGAAUGAUAUCUACUGAUACUAUAGAGCUAUAAUUAUCAUUUGUGCUAUAAUCUCCAUUACUACAUUUAACAUAGCACUUACAAUGGCAGUAAACAAAGCAGCACGUAAAAGCAGAAAUGUCAGCUUUUUGGAUUAUUCAGUAAAUCCCUAUUAUUGUCAUUCUUGCAGUGGAUUACUUUUCUAGGUGGAUAAAACUAGCAACAUAAUUCCUGUGAGUCGCUUUUUCUGCAUGGAUAUGGUCUGACUGAUUGAUUAUUGUUUGAAAUUUGGAGUGUUUACCAGCUUUAAUGUGCUAUAGAUGCUGUUGACAGAGAUUAACUUGCAUUGAACACAACCUGUUUAAUAAUGAGGAGACGUGUUCAGUAUCCGUAUUGUCCCAUAUAUGAAUCUCACUGAUAGUGUCUGCGUCAGGUUUGGCGUUUGUUUUGGCUGAUGGUGGAUGUUUGACCCUGGAUCUCCACAGUGGCUCCCAUGAUUAAAUCCCCUGAAUAACUAAAGAAAAAUUGAGGAAAAUGCACGUGAAUUUUAGCAUCAGAUUACUGGAAAUCUGAGUUUGGCUUCACAUGUGGCUAAGGAUAAUGAGCAGACUAGAUCUCAAAAUCAACGCGAAAUCAAAAUUCAGUAAACUUUUCCAUUGAAAUCAUCUUGGCUGUGGGCUAUUAGAUCAUGUUAAUCUUAACCAGUAAUCAAGUAACUAUUUAGUCAUUGUUUUAGACUGCUGUUGUAGCUAAUGCAGCCUUUCUGAAAUAUUGGUCAUAAUUAACAGAGUCGUUUAAUGCUGGUAAAUGUUAAUGUAAUAGAGGUUACAGCAAUAAUAGCAAAUAAUGAUGGAUUUGAUAAAGAAGCACCAUCGCUGGGACUUUGUUGACUUUAACAUCCCCAAAUCACUGUAGGUUUUAUCACAAGAGAAAAAAUAGGGGAAAAUGUUACUAUUUGAAGUUGUGUGAAUGUGAUUGUUAGAAACUGUCAGUUUUCACAUCUCUUAUGUGCAUUUGUGUGUGUGAGUGUUCAUCAUCAUUGGCUGGGAGUCAUUGAAACAGUACAAUGCAGUAAAAUAUUAUCAAAAAGGGCCUAACAAGUUGAUAUCCUAAAGGUGUAGUUCGUUCAAAGAGGAAAACAAUGUUGUUUACUCACCCUCACGUCCACUGAAAACCUGUAUGACUGUUCGAAUCUCACUUCUGUUUGCAGUCAAUUCAAAUAUGACAGCAGGUUUUACAUAAUAUGUCUCGUUCUUGACGUUAGGGCUGAAAUGAUUAGUUGAUAUUAUCGACAACAUCGACAAUAAAAUAUUUUAGUUCUCGAAUAGUCAUUUGAUCUCUUGACCUAAUAUAAGGGCCUGCAAUAGCGCAGUUUAACCAGUGUGGCGCUGUAGUUCCUCGAAACGUUCAAUCGAAACGGAACCAGUAGAGUGUGGAAAUGUUUUACAAAACUACAAACAAAAAAUUAUGUCAUGUGUAAAGACCCCAAGUUCUUUUGCAUUCUUCACUUAGGUGUAAAAAUACAUUUUAUAUACACAAGCAGUACUUUAUUGUUAGCUGAGAGUGGCGUUUAGAUGAAUAUGUAAAUAUAUGCUGUGCAUUUCUUUUCAAUAACAAAAUAAACAGACAUGAGAAAACAGCAGUUAAGAAAGCAUCUGAUUGUAGUGCGCAUUUAUUGUUUAUUUGUCGCCUUUAUUUAUAACACUUACAAUAGACUGCUUUAAAGCAAGCAGCUUCACAGUAUUAAACAUGAAAAAACAGUGUCAGUGUUGCUUUCAGUUAGAAUUACAACUUGAUUUUCUGCUAUCAAGCAGCUCUAUAUGUAUAUGAAUAUGUACAGUAUAACUCAGUAUUUUAGUGAAUAAUCGAUCAAAGACUACUGAUUAAUCUGUGAGAUAAUCAAUGAUUAGUCAAUGAAUCUUUGUAUCAAAAUAAGUGUGUGUUGCAGCCCUAGUUGAGAUUUAGUCCGGCACAACUUGUCAUAUUUGAAUUAUACACAAGUGUGAAUGAGAUUCUAGAGCUGCUGGAUACAUGAGGGUCAGUAAAUAGUGAUUUUUAGGUGAACUAUCCCUUUAAGCACACCGACUGCUCUCCUUCAGUCCAUCACAGUCUGUUUUUAUUCACUCGUGUCUGUGUUUUCCACACUGUAAUGCCUCUAAUGCGUCUUCCUUGCAUAUCUGUGGUUCUCGAGUUUGAGUUACGGUGUUGAGGGCAGACAGAAGCCAUUGCUCCCCGUUUAUUGCUUCCAUAAAUCCUCCGGCCUUGGCGCUGUCUUGCACAUUGCGGGAUCGAUGGAUCGCAGGGGCCGUGUAAACUCUUUAUGUGACUUGGCUAUAAUGAUUCAGAGGUGUUUGUGGACUCUAUACGGGACGGAUACGGACCGGACCAAAGGCCACAGACUGCAUGUGGCGACUGAUGCUAAAUUAUCUGGAAUACAGUGAAUUUUUUGGGACGUGCAUCUGUGCUUUAAAGCUCUCAUCGGAUGGAUUACGGUCCAUACUAAACUGGAUUGAACACUUUGGGUUAUGGUUUUAACUCUAGUAUUAAACUGAUGUAUGUUAUGAAAUUACGCUUGUGAUUUGUUUAAAACAGGUGAAAUUAGCACAGGCAGCGCCACACUAUUGUCCCCUUCUGACACAAUCCAGAUCUCUUUUCUAAGCUGUGAAAGCUCAUCUUUUAUUUGCGAUUGGGUUUUUAUGAGCGUUUGAUGUCAUAAUGAUCAGAUGAAUGGAUGGAUUUUCCUUUCUGGACCUCGUUUAGGUUUUUGAAACUGUUUUUAAUUUGGGAUUGUCGAUGCUCUCAAAUGGAUCUGCUAUUUUUGUAACUUUUAAUUGGCUUCAUUUAGAUGUUUUGAGGGUUUGCCGUCGGCAUGCAGUCGGAUCCUUAAUUUCACGUCGAAUGCCUUCCGUUCAAAAUUUAAAACUACAAAGUGCUUGAUUUUCAAUUUAAUGCAUGUUUAUUUACCACUUUAGGGUAAUAUUCAGUGUAAUAAUACAUUAAUAUUGACAUGUACAUUUAUAUUUAUGGGACUUCUUUGUGUUUACUCUUAGGUUGUUUUUUAAAGUUGAGAAUUAAUGCAAUAAUUCUUCAUUUACUGUAUAUGCAUAUAUCAGGCUUAUUGCCAUUAACUAAAACUAAAGUAGUACUUAAAAUAAACAUUAAAAUGAAAUAAAAAAAUUUAAAUAAAAAGUUUAUUGCAGCUAAAAACAUGUAUUAUUUUCAUUUAGUUUGACUUGAUGUCCUAAAAUAACUCAAAUAAAUAUGAAAUGUAUUAAAUAAAAAAAAACUAUAUAGACAUUAAUAAAAUGAUAAAAACUAAAAUCACUAAAACUUUUAUAAAAAUGAAAAUUGAAAAUAUAACAACAAAUUCUAAAUAUUAUUAAAAAUAUAAUAGUGUCUCAUUGAUACUAAAAUAACACUGAUGCAUAUUCAGAAUUAAUAGAUCACAUUUUUUUUUUUAUAAUUCCCAUUGUAUGACACAAUGACAUGAUUUUAUUAGCAUCCCUGUAAGGUUUAAUUAUGUUUACACCAAUAUUAGAAAGCAGCUUAACACACUCCAUGUGAAAUCGUCAUGCAUUUCUAAUAAAUAAUCUCUGUUCCCGCGAAUAGGAUGAUGAGAGUAUGCUGAUGACAGUGCCAAACAUGUAAGCCAAAGACUUCAUAUGUCUAGAAAUCCACCUAAAACAGACCACAAUUACCUGAUCAAUAACCUGUUUGUUAAGCUCUUCUGUUUCAAUUCUAACCUGCAAACUGACCCGUAUUUGAUGGCAAGGCUAUCUAUGUCUUCCCUUACUUUCCCAUUAUUUAUAUAGUUCCAUCAUUGUCGUGUUAUCGAUCACCCAGUGAAUUUCAGACGCUGUUUUGGGGCUGAUCUCUCAGAUCCAGACUGUUUAUGUUGGUUUCUGAAGCUCUCGAUCAUCCUGAUGUGAAUAUGUGUGUAUAAUGUAACAUUUGCAUAUCGAUGAUGGAGGGGAAUUAAAGGACUGUAAAUAUUGCAUGUUUACUUGAUGUUUACUUAAGCUUAUACUAAUGAUGCUAAUAAUGAAACUAACAAUCAUAAUUCCAAUAAAAAAA